AUGGCACCAAGAUCACUCGGGUACAAACAAUUACAACAACGGAUGCGACGUUCACUUUGUUAUGGCUCCAGGCGUAUGCGCUCGUUAUCGUUACCGUUAUCAGUUCAUAUCAAUGCGGAUCUCCAUGAACAGAAGGAAGAAGGAGGAAUUUCAGAACUUUUGGUUGACUAUUUCGAUAAAUACGCACCUUAUGACUAUAUGGAUAUGGACUUUGCAACAUCACUGGCUCGGGAAAGUUGUGUGGAUGCUUGUACGUUCUUGGUGGCGAUGGUUUAUAUGGAUCGCUUGAGGAGGGCCGAUAAACAGUUCUUCGAAACAACUGAUCCAAAUGAAAUGUACCUAUCGGCUUUGGUUGUCGCCUCUAAAUAUCUUCACGACGGUGGAUUGGACGAAUUUGUUUACAACGAUGAAUGGGCUGCAUCGUCUGAUCGUUCCACGAAACGCGUCAACGAACUGGAGUUGAAACUUCUCGAUUCACUGUCCUGGAAUAUCAACGUAAGAAACACCGAAUUCACUCGUAUACUGGACCAAGUGGAAUGUUGGAUUGCGAGACAGUCGAUCUUCAAACGAGGUUUCGCCACCUAUAAUGAAGUGAAAGUGCUCAGUGACGAUCCCAAAUUCAUACUCGACACACUGAAAUCUUUAGUAACGAUAUUAGCAACAAUCACCGUCAUAUAUUCGACAUUCGCAAUUUCAAUCCUUCUAAUACCUCAUCUAGCGACUAGUGUUAAUUCGACUCGUCCAAAUAAUGGUAAUUUUCCGUAUUAUUAG